UACGUGUACGCGUGUGCGGUACGUGUGGGAGGACAGAGAUUUGACGUGGACGCGUCCAGCGGCGCCUCUUUAAGAGCGCUCGAUGGGCGCGCGGCGGUCACUGCGCGCGCCGGGCGGCUUUUUGUUGUCGGGUUUACAGAUGUUUACGGACGUGGAAGGAAUAGUCAAGAUCGACAGUGGGUUUAUUUUUUUUUGAAUUUUCCGUUGGCGGAAUGUGGGCCGCUGCUUUAAAGAUGAAAGCGAGUUGUGCAACAGAGGAGGAUUUUUUUCCCGGAAACUAAUGGGUAGACUACUCCGUCACGAUUUUUCUUCACCCCACGGUGUAUGGAAAGGGCUCCUGGAUGGACCUGGGCGAAAACAGCUGGUCCAUGGUCAAGCGAGAAGUAUCCAGCAGCCCAGGCUCGCCGGCUGAGCAGACCUACCUGUCCGGGGACAGCAGGAGGGACGGUCCCACCUCGGAGGAGCUGAGGACACCUCCUAUCGACCUUGACUCUCUGGGGCACCGGCGCCCCGACGGCAGGUCACUACACUCCUACGUUCACUUCGGACACCACGGCAACACCCUGACGCACGCCGAGGACAUCCCGCUGUUCACGGAUUUAGACCAGGGCAGCAAACUUGUCCUCACCAGCGCGGCGCACAAGGCCAGCUUGCUGGUGGACCCGAGCGACAUGUACCAAACACUGGCCAUCGCCGCGGCGCAGAGCCAGACUGGAUAUGAUUCCUCCUCCGGCGGUUAUAUGCACUCCAACCCGAACUCCCCCGUGUACGUGCCCAGCUCCCGGGUGGGCCCCAUGAUACCCAGCCUCUCCUACCUGCAGGCCGGCGGCACGGCGCAACCCAGCCACGCCGUCUCCAGCCACUCGGUGUGGUCCCAGUCGGCCCCGGAGAGCCCGUCAUACAGCACCGGGAGCCCGCACGCCGCCAGUCGGUUCCACUACCCUCCGAGCCCGCCCAUGAACAACGGCGCGCCCAGGGACACCGGCUACGGGAACACGCUGAACGUGAGCGGCAGGGACCAGUACGGCCUGUCCCGGUCCCUCGGUGGAACCUACGCGAAUCCGUACUCUCCGUAUGUGGCGCCGCAGCUGUCCCAGCUCCCCUCGCCUUGGACCGGGGGGCCUUUCGACAACACGAUGCUGCACACCUUGCAGAGCAGAGGCGCGCCCUUGAUUCGGGGACCAAACGGGGUUUCAGACAUCCUCGACGACAUGGGGGAGAGCAGAGAGUGCGUCAACUGCGGCUCCAUCUCCACGCCGCUCUGGAGGCGCGACGGCACGGGCCACUUUCUCUGCAACGCCUGCGGCCUCUACAGCAAAAUGAAUGGGCUCAGUCGGCCAUUAAUUAAACCACAGAAACGGACGUCGACCUCCAGAAGAAUCGGCCUGUCCUGCGCCAACUGUCAAACCAGCACGACCACUUUGUGGCGCAGGAACGCGGAGGGGGAGCCCGUGUGUAACGCGUGUGGCCUCUACACUAAACUGCACGGGGUGCCUCGGCCGCUCGCCAUGAAGAAAGAGGGAAUCCAGACGAGAAAAAGGAAACCCAAGACCUUGAGUAAAACAAAGGGAUCCUCUGGAAAUAACAACUCUGUCUCUAUGACUCCCACAUCCACCUCUUCCUCAAAUUCUGAAGAUUGCUCGAAAACCAGCUCUCCCACGGGACAGGUGUCAGGGGUCAGUUCGUCCGUGCUGUCCGGCUCGGGGGAAGGAAGCGGCCCGGCGGUGAAGUACCCGGGACAGGACAGCCUGUACACCAGCGUGGGUCUGUCCCAGCCAUCAGAUGGAGCGUCGGUGAGGGUUGAACCCUGGUGCCCGAUGGCCUUAGCUUGAACAUCUCAAUCUCCGGGAGGACGGCAGACCCCUGGACCCUCUGUCUGGAUACUACGUAGUGUGGAAGCGUUCGAGGGGGGGCGACGUUUGCUUGAGGGGGUGAGGAGGAGGGUGAGGCGACCUUCAGUCCCCCUGCAAGCGUGAGCCGAGCGUGGAAUAGCUGGGAUUGGUCUCCAGGUUGGUGUGGGGGAUCCCGACGGUCAACCACCGGGCCUCCUCUGGAUGGUUUCUGGACCUGCCGUGCACUCAAUGUCUCAUCCCAUCCACCACGGCGCAGAACCAGAUCUCCUUUAAAAAAAAAAAAAAAGAAAAGAAGUCAUCAUGUACAUAAUGGAUUUCCUCUCCGAAGAAAAAGCUGUUGAUUGGAUAUCACUGCUUCGUAAAGCGCUAUAUUCUGUGAGGACAUUUUAGAUUAUUUUGUUUUUUUGUUUUUUUUUCCACAACUGGAAUCAUGCCAUAAGUGCCAAGACAACUUUUAUGAAUCACAAGAGAAACAUAUUUAUAAAUCUUCCAUUGUUGAAAACAUGGCUAUGAUUGUUAAUAAAGAUAUCAAUAUAGAGUAGAAGUUAAACCAUUCUGAUGUCUUCUUUUCUAUUUUCUUUCUGGUUGUUUUUAAUACAGUAGUGUUGAAUCUGCACGUUUUCCACUGAAAGCUCUUACUGUAUUUGACUGAAACUAGUUUGGUUUAAACAGGGUAUAAAUGACUGUGUCAUCUAGUGGUUUUGUUUAAUUAUUUACUGAAAUAAUCCCGAUAAUCAACUCUUUCAGCCCAUUUUUUUUAUUCUGAAGUGUCAGCUCUGAUUGGGUAGAACUAAGGUACUACAGAAACUAUUUUACAUGUGAAGCAGUUGGAUGGCUUGUAAGCGCAUCGGGAAUAGCUGUGGGCCCACUGACCUUUACGUUACAAUACAUAAACUGCAAAAGAAGACUGUUGACUGUAAAAACUGACUCACUGUAAAAUGUGUACUUUUCACAAUGCAUCUGCAGUUGUUGACUGAAAAAGGGAAUGACAGAAUCAAGCAAGUUAUAUACAUAACAAUGCGUUGUUUUCAUCAGACUGCGCGUUCCAUGUGGUACAGAUUCUGAAUUCAACGCUGCACGGGUGAAAAAUGUAAAUUCAAGAGGUGAUGUUUCAAUUUCCACACAGUUUGUUUCCAUUUCCUAAAGCAGCGGUGUGGGCGGGGGACUCAAAAAGACCAUUUUGGGGCAUUUUUAGGGCAAAACACACGAUCCCUGCGUCACCUCAAGACAAUCUGAUCAGUUACAUGGGAAACUAUAAAGGGUUAUUUCUUACCUUUUUAUUCCACAACUCGCUUCAUCCGAAACGGGCAUGCCUUUCAUUCAGCUGGACUUAUUUAUUUUUUUGAAGAACCAUGUUUAUUUUAGCAUAAUUUCUUUGGCUGUUGUUUUGUUUUUUUAUUUUUACAAGAAAUUGUUUUAUUUAAAUUUCAGUUGAAUAAAUUGUUCUGGUGCAAAUGACCUUACAGUUACCCCGUGUUUUAGAGAAAAAUCAUCAGUAUUUUCAAGCUGUGGAGCAUAAAAACGUUCUUGCAUUUAAUCCGUAUUACUGUGGCAUACCUGUGUGCGAGGCAGAGCAUGUUCUAACUCCCCAUUUCUUCCUGGCGAAAAGAAUUGCGAGGGAAAAUGAAGACUUUGUAAUGCCAGGCGAGGGGUAUCCCGGGGAGUGAAAUCUAGAAAAAAAAAAAUAUUGCAUCUUAAACCGAAAAUGAUUCUUGCAGAUUUUUCAUUUUUAGCUUUUGUCGGGCCUGUUUGUUUCCACGUUCUUCUCAUGUUUCAUUAAAGCGAAACCUUUUUUCUUCUGGA